AUAUCUAUCUAUAUCCCUCUAUUGCUUCAAUUCUAUAUCCUCACCCCGACACAUAUCCACAUCUCAAUCAUCUCGCCCUUCUGACCUUUUCCUCCAGCACUCCCAAAAUCCAAACCCUUCACCAUGACCCAAAACCCAAACCUCCUCGUCUUUGGCGCUGGCGUCAUCGGCCUAACCACCGCCCUCGUUCUCCGCCAAACCUACCCAACCUCCAAAAUCACCAUCGUAGCAAAACACUUCCCCGGCGAUCGCAGCAUCCAAUAUACAUCCCCGUGGGCUGGGGCCAACUGGGCUUCAAUGGCGCACGACAACGGGCCGCUGGAGAAAUAUGACGAAGUGACAUUCCAUAAGUUUAGCCAGAUCGCUGAACAGCAUCCUGAAGCUGGGGUUGGGCGAAUGGGCAUGUGGGGCGUGUUCGAUGCGCUGAUUGAAGAUACGGGAAUUUUGACGCCUGAAACGGGAAAAGUCUGGUAUGAGGAGUUGGUGGGGUUGAGGGCGUUGGAAGAGAACGAGUUGCCGAGUGGAGCGAAGUUUGGGUUGGAGUUUGCGAGUACGUUUAGGAUUAAUACGCAAGUUUAUUUGGGGUGGCUCCAAGACCAGGUCCUCGUCAACAAAAUCACUCUCGUCCGCCGCACCUACUCUUCCCUCUCAUCCCUCCUCUCCGAUUUCCCUACAACUACCAUCCUGAUCAACGCCACUGGUCUCGGCUCCUUGGCCCUCACCGACGUGAAGGAUACGAACCUGUACCCAACCAGAGGCCAAACCGUCUUAGUCGCCGAACCCAAGACUCCCAUCAACCGCAUGUACUUCCGCUCCCCGAAGCGCAUUGACCCGCUGACCACUUACGUGUUUCCACGGCCGUUAGGCGGAGGCGUAAUUUUGGGAGGUAGUAGACAGGAUGGGAAUUGGAGUGAAGAGGUGGAUAUGGAGCUUGCGAAGGAAAUUAUGGAUAGGUGUUGCAAGAUUUGUCCGGAGUUGGGGAGGGUGGAGGAUUUGCAGGUAAUCAGUCACAAUGUAGGAUUGAGACCUUCUCGAAAAGGCGGGCCUAGAAUUGAAUUGGAGAAAGGGGGUAAUGGUAUUCCAGUCGUCCAUAAUUAUGGACAUUCGGGAGCAGGAUAUCAGUCUUCAUGGGGCACUGCCGAACGAGCUGUCGAAUUGGUGAAAAAGGCUUUGGGGACUAAUGCAAAACUCUGAGCACCGGCCCAUAUAAAGACUAUCGAGUUGCAAAAUGAAUGCC